AUGGCUCACAAUAUAAUUUCUCCCUUCCUCACAUUUCAUAUCGCUUGCUUGGUUUUUUGGUCACCACACCAUUACCAGCUCGCUUCAGGACUUACAGAAACUGAAGCUCUUCUCAAAUGGAAGCAAAGUCUGCCAUAUCAACCAACUCCGGAUUCAUGGGUCUCUCAGCCUCAAGCCAAUUCCACUUUAGCCCAGACCCCAUGUUCCUGGCGUGGAAUAAAGUGUGAUUCUUCAGGAAGCUUGAUUGAACUCAACUUGAAUAACACUGGUCUCAAAGGUACCCUUAAAAACUUGAAUCUCCAAUUUAAUCAGCUUACAGGCCCCAUACCAGAAACAAUUGGCUUGCUCUCAAAACUACAGUUCCUUGACCUUAAUCGUAAUCAUCUCAAUGGCACUAUACCUCUUUCUCUUGCUAAUCUUACUCAACUUUAUGAGCUUGACCUUUCACAGAAUCAUAUAACUGGGACACUAGACCCUCUUCUAUUUCCUGAUGGAUCUGACGAACCCAAAACAGGCUUGAUUGGAAUAAAAUAUCUAGUUCUUCAAGGCUUGCUCCUUGGAGGCAAAACUCCAAAUGAAAUAGGGAAUUUGAAACAGUUGACUAUUCUAGCUCUGUUUCAAAAUAGCUUUUACGGACCUAUACCUGAGUCUCUGGGGAAUUGCACACAUCUAAACAUUCUCUCUUUAGCUGCAAACAGUCUCUCAGGCACAAUUCCCCCUAGUCUUGGUAAAUUACCCAAUCUAACUGAAGUUCUCUUGUUUAUCAACAAUUUAUCUGGUCCUUUACCACAAUGGUUUCAUAAUCGUUCUUUUAUCAGGCUCAAUUUAUCUAAUAACAGUUUCAUUGGCCAUUUACCACCACAUGUAUGCAAAGAUAGUGAGUUACUUGAGUUCACCGCAGCUUACAAUAGUUUCACUGGUCCAAUCCCCAUGAGCCUCAGAAACUGCACAUCUUUGGUUAGAGUUCGUCUUGAACAUAACCAAUUGACAGGAUUUGUGGAUAAAGAUUUGGGAGUUUAUCCUAAUCUUACCUAUAUUGACCUUAGCUACAAUAGGCUGCAAGGUAAGUUUUCUGCAAAUUGGGGAGCCUACAAGAGCUUGCAAGCUCUUAUCUUGGCUAGAAAUUCAAUAAGAGGAAUUUUACCUAGUGAGAUCUUUCAGUUGAAGCAACUGCAAAAGCUUCACUUGUCUUCAAACUUUAUAUCUGGUGAGAUUCCUCCUCAAAUUGGAAUUACCUCUCGCUUGUAUCAUCUACAUCUGGGAAGCAACAACCUUUCAAGUGUGAUACCAGAAGGCAUUAGGAAGCUCUCCAGUUUGGAGUCCUUAGAUCUAUCAAUGAAUAGAUUAAGGGGACCUAUCCCUUCUCAGAUAGGUGAUUGCUACAAGUUGCUGAAUUUAAACUUUAGCUGCAAUUACUUUACUGGCGAAGUCCCAUACCAAAUAGGAAAUCUUAUGGCUUUACAAGAUUUUUUUGACUUGAGUUACAAUUCACUUUCUGGAGAAAUCCCUGUUGACCUUGGUAAACUCAACAAGUUGAUAAGCUUGAAUAUGUCUCACAACAAUUUGUCAGGUUCUAUCCCUUAUUUCUUAGCAAGAAUGUUGAGCUUAUCAAGCAUCAAUCUCUCCCAUAACAAUUUGGAAGGUCCUGUACCAGAUAGUGGAAUUUUUAAUUCUUCUGACCUGGUAGAUCUAAGCAACAACAAAAAUUUAUGUGGGAAGAUCCAAGGUUUAAAACCUUGCAACAUCUUAGCUAUAAGGCCAAACGAUGGAACUAGCAAAAAGAAAAUGGUGAUAGCUGUCACUUCUUCUCUAGCAGUGGCAUCUAUUUUGUUGGGAGUGGUUGGCAUUUUUAUCAUUCUCUAUAAGAGAAACUCAAGAGCAACAGAACAUAACACCAGAGCCAGUAAAGAAAACCUAUUCUCCCUAUGGAACUUUGAUGGCAAAAUCAUGUAUGAAGCCAUAAUUGAAGCAACUCAGAACUUUCAAGAGAAAUACUGUAUUGGGGAAGGUGCAUUUGGGGAAGGUUUACAAACUGAUGUUUCCAGGGGAGGAAAGAAUUUUUGCUAUAAAAAAGUUGAUAUGUGA